GUUGCGAACGCGUCAUUUAUCAUACAGCACGCACCCACAUGAUCGUGUGUGCACACGUGUCUGACCACGGACAUGCCACCAGCACACGCAGGCAGAGAAUCGUCUCACGCUCUCAGCUACCCAGGAUGCAUCAAAAAGUCAGCACACGCAGAACGAACAGGCAGAUAGCCGGCCACAUCAAAUCAAUUCAGCUUGAGCUCCUGCUUGAGAGCUUCCUCUCCUCCCUGCUCCAGGAUCUCCCUCACGAUGUCGAGGCCUCCUAUGAGCUCGCCCUUGGCGUAGAGCUGGGGGAACGUCGGCCACUGGCUGAACUCCUUCAGCCCCUGGCGCACCUGCACACACACACAGCCAGACAGAGAGGGAGAGAGGGGUGGCUGCACAAGAUGCGUGUGCGUGCGUGCAUGUGGUGGGGGGUCACCUCCUCGUCACUGAGAAUGUCGAAGGUGUCAUAUUUGAUGUGUGCCAUGUCGAGUAGCUGUACGAUCUGGUUGGAGAAGCCGCACCGGGGGGCAUCGGGGGUGCCCUUCAUGAACAGCAUGAUGUCCGACUGGUGGGUGAGGUGCCGCAGCCGAUCCUCAAGCGAAGACUCCCCCUUGGCUGCUGCAGCAUCACUCUUCACGACAGAGAGAGAGAGAGAGAGAGAGUAGGCAGUGCACGGACGCAGAGGGGGAGAGAAGUGGACGCAACACACCUUCUGGUCACCGCCCUUGCUGGGCAGGACGUCCUUGAGAGUGCCUUCCUCGGCCAUCUCCUUGAUGAUGUCCCAGCCGCCUAUCAGCUCACCCUACGCACACAUCAACAGCGAUUGUGUCUGCCUGGCUGCCUGCCUGCCUCCUUCUCACUUACGUUAACGUAUAGUUGAGGGUAUGUUGGCCACUUGGAGUACUCCUUGAGUCCCUGCCGCACCUGCUCGUCCAUCAAUAUGUCGAACGUGGCGUAGUCGGCACCGAUGCCGUUGAGCACCUCGACCGUCGCUCGACUGAACUUGCAGAACGGCUGCAUCUUAGAACCCUCUGAUAUAUACACACACACACACACACAUCACGAGCACGAUGCCAACAUCUCUGACCACCCUUCUGGCUCCUGGCUCGUUUACGUACUCAUGAAAAGCAUGACGGGUGAUGCGUUGAUGAGUCCCUUGAGCCGCUCUUCCAGACUGCCGCCCUCCCCCUGGCCGCUGCCGGUCUUGUCGUCGGCCGCCUCUGGCUGUGGCGGGUUGGCGGCGAUGGCCUGCAGCUUGGACACAAGGGCCGGAGGGUUGGCGCCGUGGAUGCUCUCGAUCAACCUGCUGCCCAUCUGGAUGACAACAGCCGGGAUCGUCUCCACUCUGAAAGACAAGAAGACAGUUGAGUGCAAGGUGUCCAUGUGCUUGUGCGUGCGCCUGACUCGGCGUGCUGUCGCAGCUCGUCUGCUUUGUCACUGUCCACUUUGUAAAACUUCAUGUCCUUGAAAUCUGCACGACACACACCCACACACGCCACACAUCCAACGGCAUGAGGCCGUCAUUCGCUGCUUGAUCGUGGUUUUGACCUGUGGCGAGUGCAGGCAGCAGCUGGGCCAUUUGAAUGGAUGGCGGGUGCCAGUCGGCAUAGAAGAGGACGACCGACAGCACCGACGGGUUCCCCACCACCUUGCUGUUGAACUCGGCCAGAGAUACGAUGUCCAUUCUCACCAAAUGCUGUCACGCGCACCUCCGCUUUCGUUGCCCCGGCUCGUAAGACCCGAUGGGACACAGGCGUGGCUGUUGAAGAUCUCUCCC